CAACUGGAGGAAGAACUUGAGGAAGAGCAGAAUAAUGCUGAAAUUGCCAUUGACAAGCAGCGGAAGGCUCAACAACAGCUGGAACAGCUUACGACCGAGUUGUCAAUGGAGCGCUCAGUUGCACAAAAGUCUGAGGCUGAACGUCAAGGGUUGGAGCGUCAAAAUCGUGAGCUCAAAGCAAAGAUAGCCGAACUUGAGAGCACAGCCCAGUCAAGAGCCCGAGCGCAGAUAGCAGCCUUGGAAGCUAAAAUACAGUAUCUUGAAGAGCAGAAUAGCGUGGAAAGCCAAGAACGUCAUAAUGCUACUAGGCAGUUUAGACGGAUUGAGAAACGUCUUCAUGACACAAUUCUACAGCUUGAAGAUGAGAGGCGAAAUGUUGAGCAGCAGAAAGAAAUUGCUGAGAAAUGCAAUCUACGAGCGAAGCAAAUGCGCCGCCAGCUGGAUGAACAAGAAGAGGAGAUGACAAGGGAACGCGCCAAGUCUAGAAAUCUCCAAAGAGAAAUCGACGACCUUACAGAGGCCAACGACACGCUUACUCGGGAAAAUAACAAUUUGCGGUACAUACUGCAUUCAUCUAAGAUGUUGCAUUGA